UCAAAGUGAGCAGCUGUCAAGAAAUCUUUGCUCAUUCAUUAUUUUUCAGCUCGUCGUAGCUUUCUCUGGCGGAUUGGAAGUUCGUGUACGGGUUUUUUAAUUGCCCAACAGUGCCCUAAAAAGUCAAAAUCGACAUUAAUCGUGUUCGUGGUAACGCUUUCGCUUACCGGAACGAACAAUCGAAAAAGUGCGAGCGCGGAAUCAGAUUUGCGGAAAGUGCAGAAAAUCGAUCGAAUCGUACAGCAGUUCCAGGCCAGCCAAAGCGCUGUUCUAGAACAAACUCGACAGCUCUCGCGGUGAGGCGAGGUGCAACUUUGUGUGAGUGCGUGUGGUGGAAAUCAGCAGUCACUGGUGGAAGUACAUACCGAGGUACGCGAGGAAGUGCGAAAUUCAAACACAUUGAGCUGAACGAAAGAAGAUCGGAAGGUUGUGUUCGGAAAAGCGGACUGCUUUAGGAUAAAAAUUACUGACAUAAUAAGGAGAUUACCGUUCCGAUGUCGCAGCAGGAGCAGACUCAACCCACGGUGCGGCACAUACCGAUCUUUGUCGAAGGUCGGUCGGAACCGCUGGUGAACAAAGUACCAGAAACGCAACCAAGUCAUAAUUCGUCGACGAGUGCGAUGCCAGAACCGCCCCGUAUGGAGAUGCCCUCUCACAACACCAGUGACUUUUUUAAGCAUGGGUCAAUUUUUGACCGUGCGCGAGACUUUCCAGUGCGAACGUUCCCGAGCUCGACUUUUUUCAACAAAAACAGUUCUGCAAGAGAAUCCUCACCAGCUAGACAAGUUCCUGUGUUCGGGGAAUCUGGAAUUCCUACGACAACAGUGCCUCCUUCACAGCAGCAGCAGCAACCUCCAACUCGUGGUUCUUCGCAGCCACGACAAACGCCUUCGCCGACGAGUGCUGCACAGCAGCAACAACAGUAUCAGCAGCAGCAGGCUCAGCGGUUUCAGCAGCAUCAGCAGGAACAACAGGAUGCUAAACAGCAGUCCGGAGUUUCGCAGGAUCAGCCAGAUUCUCAGUCUAAACCACCUCCACCGACCGCCAACGAUCCAAUCAGUAAAAUUCAGAAAAUACAACGAGAUGUAUUGGCUAUCUUUGAUCAGGUGGAACGGUUUCAAGGUGGGAAAGACGGCAAACGGGACAAAGCGUACAUCUUCUUGGACGAAAUGCUAACCCAGAACCUUCUGAAGCUGGACUCAAUUGAUGCCGAAGACCAGCCGCAAAUCAAGUCCGCCAGAAAGGAGGCUAUCAAAAGUAUAAACCAUUGUAUUGUCGUCCUUGAGGCCAAAGCGGAAGCAGGAUCUUUAGCUGAAGCCGGCAGCGAACAGGUUUCGGGUAGCAACGAACAGGUGCCUAACGGAACGGCUAAUCGAACUGGUUCCGCCGCAUCACUGUCCCACUCUUCGUCCAACUCUUCUAGUCAGCAGCAGCAACAGUAAGAUAUUUAAUAGUUGGGCCUCUAUGAUAAACGUACCACCUUUACCUAGGGGCCUUUACGGUGAACGAUUUUUUUAUUUUCAUACAAAGGUUGUUUCAAACAGUAACCGCUUUCUGGUGACCGACACUUAGUAAACUUAUAUAUGCAAUGAGCGUUCUUUUCGAAACAGAAUGACAAGCAACGGGCGAUUUGAGAGAUGUAAAACGGCGAUAAUCACGACCCAUGUUUGUACCCACGGGAGAUUUCACAAAGGGAACAUUAGAAGAGCUCACUAACCAAAAGAAUUAAUAUAGUUUGUUCGCUUUUAGGA